AUGUCUCAAACAACAAUCUCGACUCCAAAGAAAAGAAGUCCAUGUGAAAUGGUAAAACCUAAUAUAAUUAAAAGAAGACAAUCAAACAUUAAAACAGAGAACUUUUAUAAUGAAAAACUAUCAUGUGAUAGUGAAACAAUCACUAAAACAAUAGAGUUUCAGAGGCUUAGAAGAAUCAAACAAUUAGGAACUGCACACUAUAUAUUUCCAUCUGGUACUCAUACGAGAUAUGAACAUUCUUUAGGUGUUGCUCAAUUAGCAAAUAAAAUGGUUCGUGAACUUAAUAUAAAACAAUGCCAAAAAGAAGAGGUAGACAAGAAUGAUUAUGUUACUGGACAAGAUGCAAAACUUAUUGAAAUUGCUGGGCUCUGCCAUGACUUAGGACAUGGACCUUUUAGUCAUUUAUACGAAAGAUUAAUGAAGACAAGGAACAUUCAUUUUAAUCAUGAAGAACAAUCUGCUAAAAUAUUUCAUCGUAUUGUUGACCAAAACCAAAUUGAUUUAACUGAAGAAGAAAUUAAAAUAGUUAAAUCACUUAUCACUAAUGAAGGGGAUUGUGAUAAGUCUUGGAGAAGACAAAUUAUUAGUAAUGAAGAAAAUGGUAUUGAUGUAGAUAGAUUAGAUUAUCUUAGAAGAGACUCACAUCAUCUUAAUUUACCACUUCAUUUUAAAGUUCAAGAAAUUAUCCAAAAUUGUGCUAUAUUAAAUAACAAUAUUUGUUAUUUUAAAGAAGUUAAAAGUGAUAUUGUAUCAUUUUUUACUAAUAGGUAUAGUUUAUAUAGCGAUGUAUAUUUAAACAAUGAUACUACUUCUGUUGAAUUGAUGUUUACUGAUUUAUUGGCUGAAUCAUAUAAUUAUAUUCCAUUAUUACAAACUGACCCAAAUGAUUUAGAUAAAUUUAUUCAAUUAGAUGAUGGUAUAGUUGAUCAAAUUAGGUUUACUGAAAAACCAGAAUUACAGAAGGCUAAGGCUAUUCUUCAUAGAGUUGAGAGAGGUGAUUUUUAUCAAAUUGUUUCAACAAUUACACAAACUGAAGAAAAUGAACAUUUAUUAAAUGAUUUAACUUCAGAACAAAUUUGUUGUGCUGGUUCAAAUUUAAGACCUGAAGAUAUAAUUGUUGAUAAUCAAAGUAUUGUUUUAGCUCGUGAAUAUAAUUGGAAUAAAAUUCCAUUUAUUGAAAGUAAUGAUUCAAAAGAAUUUUUUUACUUAACUCCUUCAAUUCUUUAUCCUACAGAAAAUAAAACUCAAUUUAAACGGGUUUAUGCAAGAGACAGGAAUAAAGUUAAUGAAAUUAAAAAAGCUGUUAAUGCAUUCUUUAAUCAUAACCAAUUUCAUCCAUCUAUCGUGAUGGAAUAG